AUGGCGUCCCAGAUCACGCUCGCCGUUGAGCCGCGAGGUAAACCCAUCAGGAAGCUCCCCAAGACCAUCACAGUCAACCUCGACACCAAUGGCGAGGAGCUGCACAACUCUAUCGCCAAGGUUUCCGGUGCCUCCGUCCACCGUCUGCGCAUCACCAAGGGAAGCGACCGCAGCGUGGUUCCCAAUGACAAGGGCACCACCAUCGACGACACCGGUCUUCGGGAGUCAAGCGUGAUCCACGUCAAGGACCUGGGCCCCCAGAUCCCAUGGCGCACCGUCUUCAUCAUCGAAUAUCUGGGCCCCCUCUUGAUUCCAGCCCUCUUCCUCUAUCCCCUUCGUUCCCUGCUAUACUUCAACUUUGAGACCAUUCCCGCACCCUCCGACACCCAGAUCCUAGUCUGUGCCCUCCUGACCCUGCACUUCCUGAAGCGUGAGUAUGAGACCAUCUUCGUGCACCGCUUCAGCAACGCCACCAUGCCCGCCCGCAACAUCUUCAAGAACAGCGCACACUACUGGGCACUCUCUGGAUUCAACAUCGCCUACUGGGUCUUCCGCCCCGAUGCCGGCGCGGCCACCAAAAACCCCAACACCGCCCUCGUGUACGCCGGUCUCGCGCUGUUCGUGUUCAGCGAGGUGGCUAACUUGAAUGCGCACAUGAUUCUGCGUGAUCUGCGUCGCCCCGGUACCACUGAACGCGGUAUUCCCUCUGGAUUCGGGUUCAGCUGGGUUACUUGCCCUAACUACUGCUUCGAGAUCUUGGCUUGGAUCGGUGUUUUCCUUGUCAGCCAGUUGAGCUGGAGUGUCCUUCUUUUCGCCCUUGUUAGUGGUCUGCAGAUGUGGAGCUGGGGGUGGAAGAAGGAGAAGCGUUACCGUAAGGAAUUUGGUGACAAGUACAAGAAGAAGAAGACUGUCAUUCUCCCCUUCCUCUGCUAA